CACAGAUCAGACUCAUCAGAGAAUAAUUGUAGGUCCAGAUUCCACGGUCAACAUCCAAUAAAACCCCCGAUAGAUACCGCCAUACCCGACUACUGCAGCUUAAAAUUGCAGCUAUCAGGGGAAAAAUUCCUCUCUUCGUUUAGAUUUCGGAGAGCAAGACUAGUCGAUAAAGAUGCAGAUCUUCGUGAAAACAUUAACUGGAAAGACCGUUACUCUCGAGGUUGAGAGCAGCGAUACUAUCGACAAUGUCAAGACAAAGAUUCAGGAUAAAGAAGGUAUACCUCCUGACCAGCAGAGGCUUAUAUUUGCUGGUAAACAAUUGGAAGAUGGCCGGACCUUGGCAGAUUACAAUAUCCAAAAGGAAUCAACACUUCACCUUGUUUUGAGGCUUAGGGGAGGAACUAUGAUCAAGGUGAAGACACUCACAGGAAAAGAAAUUGAAAUAGAUAUUGAGCCAACUGAUACUAUUGAACGUAUCAAGGAGCGGGUUGAGGAGAAGGAAGGAAUACCUCCAGUCCAACAAAGGCUCAUUUAUGCUGGCAAGCAGCUUGCAGAUGACAAAACUGCUAAAGAUUACAACAUUGAGGGUGGCUCUGUUCUUCACCUGGUCCUUGCUCUCAGGGGUGGUGGUCUUUAGAUAGGGCUAUGAUAUGCUUGGAGUUUGCAUUGAACUAUUUAUACUAUAUACCUCUGGAGAAGCCAGGAAAAUUGUGCUGAAACAUGAGCUUUUAUUAUUUUGCCCCUAGACAUACAAUCUGAUUUCCUAUAAGCAGCCUCAUGCUUUCUUUGUUCUUGCCAUGACAGAGUUUGAGACGAUACUUUGAUGUAAUGAAUUUAUAAUCUUGGCUGUUGAAUUUGACCGUAAUUAUUGGUUACUUGUAAGUGGUACGCUUGAACUGUCUUCUCCA